AGCAAUUUGCAGAAGUGAGCAUUCAUUUCCCUGAGGCAGAAACGGCUCCCUCCGGCACUGGAAAGAGUCCCCUGGAAAGGGAGGUGAAGCAGGAGGAGGAUGAAGGUGCCAGCUUGCAGGGUAAUGGAGUGAUGCCAGCAAUACAUACUCAGUCGUUCCUUCAUGGUGGAGAUGAAACUGCUUCUAUGCAACCAGAUCGGAAUCUGGUGACCCUUGAAGAGGUUGCUGUGUAUUUCUCUGAAGAGGAAUGGGCUCUGCUAGAUCCUGACCAGAGAGCUCUGCAUAGGCAAACCAUGGAGGAGAACUGCCAAAUUGUGGCCUCUCUCGAAGAUGACAAGUGGGAAAUGGAGAAUGAAGGAAAACCAGAAAAAGGCAGAUGUAAAAAGAGGGAAGAACAGAAAAGGAGAACUGAAGGAAAUCAGAAGACAAGGGGCAAAUACCCUGGUUCCCAUAGCAGAGCUUACAAUGAAGUCGCAGUCCAAGAAAAAAUAGAUAAAAGAAAUAAAAAGAUCAAGUGCUGUGUAUGUCGGAAAAAUUUCAAUUAUAAAUCAAAUCUUAAAGUUCAUUUCAAAAUCCACAUAGGAGAGAAACCAUAUAAAUGCCUGGAGUGUGGGAAGAGUUUCAGUUCAAGGGCAAGUGUUGCAUACCAUCGGAAAACUCAUACAGGGGAGAAACCAUAUAAGUGCUUGGAGUGCGGGAAGAGUUUCAGUUUGAGCACAAGCCUAAUUUCUCAUCAGAGAAUCCACACAGGGGAGAAACCAUAUAAAUGUUUGGAGUGUGGAAAGAGCUUUCGUGUGAGCACAAGCCUCACUUCUCAUCAAAGAAUUCACACAGGGGAAAAGCCAUAUAAAUGCUUAGAGUGUGGAAAAAGCUUUUGUGUGAGCAUACACCUCACUUACCAUCAAAGAACUCACACCGGAGAAAAACCGUAUAAGUGCUUGGAGUGUGGGAUUAGCUUCAGUUUGAGCACAAGCCUUAUGUACCAUCAAAGAACUCACACUGGGGACAAACCAUAUAAAUGCUUGGAAUGUGGAAUGAACUUCCAUAGGAGUUCUGACCUUGCUUCUCAUCAAAGAACUCACACAGGGGAGAAACCAUAUAAAUGCAUGGAGUGUGGAAAAAGCUUCAGUCAGAAUGGACACCUUACUUCACAUGAAAGAAUUCACACAGGGGAGAAGCCAUAUAAAUGCUUGGAGUGUGGGAAGAGCUUCAGUAUGAGCACCAACCUCAUAUACCAUCAAAGAACUCACACAGCAGAAAAGCCGUAUAAGUGCUUGGAGUGUGGAAAGAACUUCAAAACAAGCACAAACCUUAGUAAACAUCAAAAAACUCACACUGGGGAGAAACCAUAUAAAUGUUUGGAGUGCGGAAAGAGCUUCAGUUUGAGCACAAGACUCACAUAUCAUCAAAAAACUCAUACAGGGGAGAAACCAUAUAUGUGCUCGGAAUGCGGAAAAAGUUUCAGUUUGAGCACAAACCUUAGUAAACAUGAAAGAAUUCACACUGGGGAGAAACCAUAUAUGUGCUCGGAAUGCGGAAAAAGUUUCAGUUUGAGCACAAACCUCAGUAAACAUCAAAGAAUUCACACUGGGGAGAAACCAUAUACGUGCUCGGAAUGUGGAAAGAGUUUCAAUUUGAGCACAAACCUCAGUAAACAUCAAAGAACCCACACUGGGGAGAAACCAUACAAAUGCUUGGAAUGUGGAAAGAGCUAUAAUUUGAGCACAAGGCUCACAUACCAUCAAAGGACCCACACGGGGGAGAAGCCAUACAAAUGCUUAGAAUGUGGAAAGAGCUAUAGUGAGAGCACAAACCUAAGAAAACAUCAAAGAAUUCACACAGGGGAGAAACCAUAUAAAUGUCUGGAUUGUGGAAAGAGCUUUAGUCAAAAAUCACACCUUUCAUCACACAAAACAAUUCACACAGGAGAGAAACCACAUAAAUGCCUGGAGUGUGGGAAAAGCUUUAGUGUGAGCACAAACCUGAGAAAACAUCAAAGAACCCACACAGGGCAGAAACCAUUGAAUCACAUAUGGGCUACCCACAGCCCAGAGUCUGCAUGUGGUUCUUGGCCACUCUCUGCGUGGCCAUCAGAGACCCCGGAACGCCCUGCCCCCUUUUCUCCACCACCCAGCUGAUCAGCCAGCAGCUGGAGGGU